AUGGGGAUUUCAAACGGAUGGGAAUUGGCUUCCGGCUACACAAUGCCCGUCUCAAUUGCCACUCUACAAGGAGCUUCGAUAGCGAUUGAUCUUCCACUGGUGAUGAAACAACUCGAAUCGGGCAGUGUAAGUCUCGUCAAUGGGGUGCUCCGGCGCACGCUUCACUUGAUGUCCAACGGUAUUCGUCCAGUGAUGGUCUUUGAAGGAGCUAACGUUUCACACGAAAAGAAACGAACUCAGUUGGAACGACAAGUAGCUGCUACAACGUCUCCAACGCUGCCGAGAGAAACACAGAUAAAAUUGAAAAAGGCGGCAAAGGAACUUGUGAGUAGUCAAAAAUCGGCCGCGAAUACCUCAAAAAGUAGCGAUGGUGAUGUGAUCCUUUUGGACUCAUGGUCGGACGAUGAUAAUGCCUCGACUUCAUUUUGCGAAUUUGUUACAAGCUGGACUGGAGACGAAGAAGCAAGUCAAGACACGGAAGAUUACAUCCCAAAGGCUAAACGAUUUAGAACAAACAAAGACACUAGUGUUGUUGGGUGUGAGUCCGAUGAAGAAGGUCGUCGAAAGGAGGAAUGUCAUGCUGGAUUAACGAGUUUUCUUCUGGGAAGAAUGGCAAAAAGUUCGCCUGAAAAAGCGGUAAUUAUAUUGGGAUCGCCAAAGAAAAAUCCCGAAAUUUCUGUGAACAAGAGCCCUGUCAAAGCUAGCUCGCAUUGGCACUGGCAAAGCAAAUCAAGGGCUAUAGAGGACGUGAUGUCCACCCUAAACGCUCGGAGUGCAAUAACAACCAACAAAAGGCCGGCAAAAGACGAAUCAUCCGAAGAUGAAUGGGAAGAGGUCGAGGUGAUCGAGAAUUCAAGAGAUGAUAAAGAGGCAAAUGACGUAGAAUGGAUACCAAAUCACCCAGAAGCAUUACUUGAACGACCCGAUCGUCCAAUGGCACAGGCUGGGCAAAGAAUCACUGGGCAGUACACGGAUAUAAAAACUUUAUUAUCUCUUCUUGGAGUUCCGUUUGUCGAUUCUCCUGGUGAAGCCGAACAACAAUGUGUACAGCUGGUUAAGGACAAUUUGGUUUAUACAGAGGAUUCGGAUGUUUUGGCUCUUGGCGCAGCACCCGUUGUUCGACAUUUGUUUGCAGCUAACCCAGAACUGGUUGAUCUUCCAUCAUUGAAGGAAUUAGGUGUAGUUCCCGGAAUAGCCCGAGCCGCAGCAUUGCUGGCUGGAUGCGAUUAUCGAGAAGGGCUGCCCUCUUUCGGAAUCUCAAACGCGAUACGACUUCUAUCAAGCUUUGUUCCCGAUAUGAAAGAUGUUAACAAGGAUUCAAUUGAUAGUCUUUUCUGUGAACGAGCAGUAAAAUGGGUGAACGAAAUCGAACAAGAAGAAAACGCCGACAUCGCUUCUCGAAGCCAGGGCCGCAUAAGAGCACGAUUCUUCAAAGCAAUCACAGAGACAGGCAAAGAUGUGUUAUCUCCGAUAAGUGCCUAUUCAAAUGCCAAAGCUGAUUCAUCAACAUCCGCCGCGGUAUGGGCACCAAUGAAGACUGAUCAACUGGCCGCUUUUCUCUCAGCAAAACUUUCGCGUCCAAUUCACUCGAUGAAAGCUGAACUUUUGCCAGUUUCUCGCAAAUGGGCUCACUUCACGAAAGAAGGAUUUCCAAAUUUUUCACUUCCCACUAUUAGCUACUCUUUGCCAAAACGGGACGACGUAAGGAAAUUGUAUGAGAUUUUGCAUAAUAAUAAUAUUUAUGUUACU